AUUUCUCAGCUUGAAGAUGAUCCCAAUUUCGCUAGUUUCGCUGACAGUAGUUGUCCUACUGCAGUUCAUCAACGUCCAAGCACUGUUCGAUGUGCCUGGAACCGUAAACGUAUCAUUGAUGGUCAACUCCUGCGACGAUGGAAAGCGAUCAAUUUGCUCCAACUGCACCACGUUUUCUCUGUGCUUGGGAGGAAAAUCCAUCGGUGAAAUUCCCUGCGGAUCGGCCACUCCACACUGCGUCCAGGGAGAUGUCGAGGCAACCUGCUCGGACCAUCCGGCAAGUGAGUGCGACGUAGUCGAGCGUCCGUGGUACAUCACCUGCCCUUCGGUUGGAGUUCUGCCAGAUCCCGUCCAUUGCGACCAUUACCACAACUGCUCGCAAAGGGAUUCCCCCUCCGAGUUGUUCCAGUGUCCUCCGGGGUACAUUUUCAACACGGUGACGCAAACCUGCCGUUCCAGAUCCGUUCAAAAGUGCGCUGAAUCACCCUGUCGGGCUGCCAAUACUCUCGUGCCCUACGGGCCCUCCCACAUGUACUACGUGUUGUGUGUCCCCAGAAAGGAAUCCGAAUCGGUGGAGCAACAGCUGGAACCGUACAUCUUCCGGUGUCCGGAUCGGGCUCCAUUCAACGUGACCACCCAGGCUUGCGAGUAUCGCUGUGUUACGCAGGGGAACUUUGCCGAUUCACUGGAUUUGAACUCGUACUUUCAGUGUUACCGGAAGGAUGAUGGCGGAUUUGUUGCGUUGAAGAAGGGCUGCCAGAAGGAUGGGGACGGAAUGGUUGCGAAGUUCAACGCAACGGUAGGGGAAUGCAUUCCGUAAGAGAAGAUUAAUUUAGGUCAAAAAAUGUUUUUUUGUUGUACACAAUAAAUCAUGUAUUUUUCGGAAAUAAAAAUCAUCGAUUUUUAAAUA